AUGGCCUCCAGUAGUAGCCGCACUAGUGUCUUUGAUGCUAUUUUAGAGAUAGGGCUCCAGUUCGAUGAUGAAUUCGGGAUGGACUUGCGUCGUCAAUUUUGGAAGCUGAAGGAGGACGUACGCGUAUUGCUACCCUUUGAUCUGUAUGUUACAAACUGCAGGAGGAAGCAGGAAAUGUGUUGGGAACGCGAUCUGGAGGAGAAGGGCAAUACUAAGUCCGACAGUUUGAGACUCAGUACUAUUUUGUCGAAGAUUCAAGAUCUGGAGGAAAUGUCUGCUGUUUUUACAUAUAUUCAGUCCGGUGCACCAAAUCUUAAUGACAUCACAACUGAGCUCACCAGAUUUAAGGAAAAUAUCAGGUUGUUUUUUGAGACAGAAAUCCGACCAUCGUGCAUCAUCAGUUUGUUGCACCACUACUCACUGGGAGAUCCACGACUGGAUACAAAUUUGACUGACUCCAUUUUAAAUAAUCUGGAGUUGCUUACCUGCUUGAAUUACGGAUUUGACAAUGCUCUGCCUAUUGUAAUGAGAACCCUUCAAGCGAAGCUAUUGUUCUUGCAGAGUUUAAUUUGCUUUGCCACAGUGCAAGGUGUUGAGGGUAAGGGAUUGAUCGAUCUGUUGAUCCACGCUGAAGUUGUCGCUGUCAAAGCUGCACGCCUGAUUUCUAUAUGUUGGUUUGAUAGAAAAGACAAACAAAUGCCCAAGGAAAUGGAAUUUCAAAUUUCUCGACUGAUACGCAAGGAGAUUGAUCCCGUUGAUCCCCAAGUGCAAGAAACUUAUAUCCAUGUCCUGACAGCUUCAAAGUUACCAAGAUCGUCACACACUUUAGUGCUGGAGAAUAACAAACAUCUAUUGGCCAACUUUAUUGGCCAUCUCCUGUAUAAUGUUAUGGAGCUACUAGAACAUUUUCCCAGUUUCUCGGUACCCGUGAAGGAUCGAAUGCUAAUACUCCACGAGGGAGUAAGGUUCCUGAGUGUCCUCUUCCGGCAACAGCAAGAGAAAUUCGACGGGCUACACGAUCAAAUGAAGAAUCUUAUUGGAUUUGUGGCCUGUGAUGCAGGAAUUGUGAUUUUAUCCCUUUCAGCAACUGAAAUGAUGAAAGAAGGUUUGGCCAAGGAAACAGAUCUGGCGCUUUAUCAUUUGGUCAAAGUGCUCAAGUUUAUUACGACAGAAUUUGCACAAAUUUAUCCGUCAUCAUCACAAAGCUUUCCUUGGACCAAUGAGUUGGGCUACUUUGAUUUCCUCCUAGAAAGUCUCCAGGAACUAUCGAAUUCUGAAGCUGAUUCAAUUCAUUUCCCAAAGGAUCAUAUCCACAAAGUGCAAGAGGAUCUUAUAUUCUUAAGAUCUUGCCUCAAGAAUAUUGUCGGGCAGCGCAACCAGAACCAAAAACUCCAAGCUCUUUGGGAUCGUGGUAUGGAGGUGGCCUAUAAGGCAAAGUUACUCGUCAACUCUAUUGUAUCUCGGAAUAAACCUGAAUGUUUGGAUACCCUAGCUGGAGAUAUAGAGCUGAUUAGGAUUGAGGCCCAUGGAAUCUUUGCCAGCCACAGCAAUGGCACUGAUGCUCAGAGAGUUACCAACAAUUCAGCUCAUACGUCAUCAAAACUCAGUGGCCCAGCAUUGAAUGAAGCUACGGUGGGGCUUCAUGAAGCGGUGAAGACAAUCACCUGUAGACUUACCGGAGGUUUAAAGCAGCUGGAUAUUAUUUCAAUUGUUGGGAUGGCAGGACUUGGUAAGACAACAUUAGCAAACACAGUUUACGACCAUAUGCAAAAUUCAGUUUCUCGCCACUUUCAUAUUCAUGCUUGGUGUACUGUUUCUCAAGCAUACAGCAAGCACAAUUUGUUAGCCCAGAUUUUGUGCAGUAUUCAUCGUGGUAGUCCUGGCGAAUAUCUUAACAAAGAUGAAGAUGAAUUGGCUGAAGAGCUAAGGAAGGUUUUGUUGAGAAAUAGGUAUCUCAUAGUUUUGGAUGACUUAUGGGACAUUGAGGCAUGGAAUUUGUUGGAGAGAUCAUUUCCAAAUGAUGCAAACGGAAGCAGGAUUCUCUUAACCAGUAGAAUUCACAGUUUGCCAUUGCAAUUAAAACAUGCUAGUGAACCUUACCAUCUUCGCCAACUUACUGACAAAGACAGUUGGGCAUUGCUGCAAAAUAAGCUAUUUGGCAAAGAAAGUUGUCCUCCAACACUGAAUGAAGUUGGAUUCCAAAUUGCAAAAAAUUGUAAGGGACUACCUCUUACAAUUGUCCUUGUUGCUGGAAUUCUUGCAACUACCGAGCAAGAUUGCUGGAAAGAAGUUGCACAAACUCUAUGUUCUAGCACCAUUGUUGAGACUGAACAAUGCAAGAGGACACUGGAGUUGAGUUACAGUAAUUUACCAGGUCAUCUGAGACCAUGCCUUCUUUACUUUGGAGCAUUCCCGGAAGAUGCAGACGUCCCUGUCCGAAAAUUGAUCUGGCUUUGGAGCUCUGAAGGAUUUCUGCAAAAGACUGAAGGAAAAAUCUUAGAGGAUAUGGUCGAUGAGUACUUGACCGAUCUGGUCCAAAGAAGUUUAGUUAUGGUCACCCGACAAAGAUCUAUAGGUGGUGCCAAAGCUUGCCGAAUUCAUGAUUUGAUACAUGAGUUUUGUGUGGAAAAAGCCAAAGAAGAAAGUUUUCUACAGAUUUCUCAUGGGGAAAAUGAUCUUUUUACUCUGACUGGACUGCACAACCUUCACCGACUAUGUAUUUACAAUUCCAAGCCAGAGAAGCUUAAGAAGUUAAAGGUAUUCUUUCCCACUUUACGUUCUUUGCACUUCUCUGCUAAGUGGAAAGUGGUGCCUUAUUUUCCAACUGGGGUUCUGUUAUUUAAACUUCUUAGAGUGUUGGAUUUGGGACGGUUUGAUUUUACCUAUGAAUUUCCGAUGGAAGUGGUAUUGCUUGUUCACUUGAGAUACUUGGCGAUUCGGAGCGUUAAAUCCGUGCCAUCUGACAUAGCUAACCUCUCAAGUUUAGAAACUUUCUUCUUGAUACAAAGCUGGGAUGAUGUUGUGCUACCGAACACUAUCUGGAACAUUCAGACAUUGAGGCAUCUAUUCAUUAAAAGUUCCCGGUGUGGUUUUCGUUUUCCUGCUGACAGUCUUGCGGGCUCCCCGGAUUUAAAACAUUUGGAGACUUUAAGCCUUGCAAUUGAUUCCUCUUCUCAAAGCUUGCAGAAGAUAUUGACAAAGUUACCAAGCAUCCGCAGGCUAAAAUGCGUGUCUUACAUUGAGAAUUAUAGUUCUUCCAGAAACUGGAUUCUCGUGCUGGAUGGUCUGAGUCGACUAGAGUCACUUAAAGUGAGAAAUCUUGCUCCGUUGGAAAUUAAAUUCCCACUUUAUUUGAAAAAGUUGACUCUCUCAUGUACUCGUAUGCCAUGGACUGAAAUUUCAACGAUUGGAGAGCUGUCCAGUCUUGAAGUGCUUAAAUUACGGCAUGAAGCCUUUGUAGGGGAAAAAUGGGAAAUGAAAGCAGGGGAGUUCCUUAACCUCCGAUUCUUGGAAUUGACAAAAUUGGACCUCCGAAGUUGGACUGCCACUUCUGACAAUUUUUCCCGUCUUGAGAAGUUAGUUGUCCAAGACUGCUAUGUACUGGAAGAGGUCCCUUUUUGUUUAGGGGAAUGUUCAAAUCUUGAAAUGAUAGAGCUCGCAUGGUGCUGUAAGUCUGCUGUGACUUCUGUAAAGCAAAUUCAACAAGAACAGAUGGAUGCAGGAAAUGAUGAUCUAAGGGUCAUUCUUGAAGAUAAUUGGGACUUUCCGAUUCUUCAGAAGCGUGGUUGA